AUCGCCGUGGCUUGUUCUCGCCCGCGAUCGCAUGAGUUCCGACCGAAGUGCGGGGCCGCGGUCUGUAUUUGCAGCAGAGCGGGCCCAUCGUCGCCCCAGGGGGCGGCGGGGUGAAAUUAUGGGGAAAAAGCCGGGGAAGAGAACUGAUUGACAUCAUCUCCCCCUCUCUUUCUUUUUCUCGUACUCCCACCACGAACACCAUGUCCGAGAGCUACUUCAUUGGCGUCGACGUUGGGACCGGCUCCGCGCGCGCGGGGCUCGUCAAGCGCGACGGUACGUUCGUCGCAUCGCAUACUGUCGACACGAAGACAUUCCGCGAUCCGAACGAUCACCGCAUCUUCGAGCAGUCGACGAACAACAUCUGGGAGUCGAUCUCGACGGCGAUCAAGACGUGCUUGAAGGAGGCGAAGGUCGCGCCGGAAGCCGUGAAGGGUCUGUCAUUUGACGCAACAUGCUCGCUGGCGGUGACCGACGCGAACGGGGACCCGGUAGUGGUGACGAAGGGGGAGCAGCUGGGGCAGAUCGGCGACCGGAAUGUGAUCCUGUGGGCGGACCACCGCGCAGAGGCGGAGGCGGACCUCAUCAACAGCACCGGGAGCAAGGUCCUGGACUACGUCGGGGGCACGAUGAGUCUCGAGAUGGAGAUGCCCAAGACGCUCUGGCUCAAGCGGCACAUGAAGCCCGAGCUCUGGUCGCGAUGCCAGUUCUUCGACCUCCCCGACUUCCUCACCUAUCGCGCGACCGGCGACAGCACGCGCUCGACGUGCUCCGUCACCUGCAAGUACUCCUUCGUCCCCGGCGAGGGCUGGCAGCCGGACUUUAUGCGCAAGAUCGGUGUCGGCGAGCUCGUCGACAACGACUUCAGGCAGAUCGGCGCGAAGGACCGGCACGUUCUUACCGCCGGUGUGCCCGUCGGGAACGGCCUCAGCAAGAAGGCGGCGCAGGAGCUCGGGCUGCUCGAGGGCACCGCCGUCGGCAGCAGUCUCAUCGAUGCGUAUGCGGGGUGGAUGGGCACGGUUGCGGCAAGAUAUGUGGAGAAUGGGAAGCUGUCGGAUGUGGUGCCGACUCUCGAUGAGUCUCGCCACAGAUUGGCGGCGUGCGCGGGCACGAGUACGUGCCAUAUCGUGCAGAGCCCAGAACCCCGCGGAGUGUUCGUACCUGGUGUGUGGGGUCCGUACAAGGAUGUCGUCUUCCAAGGAUGGUGGAUGAACGAAGGCGGCCAGUCGUCGACUGGUCAGCUCAUCGACUUCAUGAUCACGACCCACGCUGCGUACCCGCGACUGCAAGAGCGCGCUAAGCAGGAGGGCAAGAACAUCCACGUUGUUCUCCAGGACAUCCUCGAUGAGCUCGUCAAGGAGCAUGGUGUUGCGAAUGCGACCGAGCUCACAAGGGACAUCCACUUCUACCCUGAUUUGCACGGCAAUCGCUCCCCCCUCGCUGACCCGCGAAUGCGUGGCGCCAUCGUCGGUUUGACUCUGGACGCCGGCCUCCACGACCUCGCGCGCAAGUACUACCUCACCAUGGAGGCCAUCGCGCUGCAAACCCGACACAUCGUCGACCAGAUGAACGAGCGCGGGCACACCAUCACCUCCAUCUUCAUGUCCGGCGGGCAGGCCAAGAACCGGCCCAUGAUGCAGCUCUUCGCCAACACCUGCGGCACGCCCGUCGUGCUCCCCAAGGAGAGCGGCAACGCGGUCGUGCUGGGCGCGGCGAUGCUCGGGCGCUUCGCGGCGGAGGCGGCGGGGCGCGGGCUGGGCACGGAGGCGCAGACGCAGGUGCUGUGGGACGUGAUGGUGGAGAUGACGCCGCAGGGGGAGAGCGUGGCGCCGAAUGCGACGGCGAAGGAGAAGCGGUUGUUGGAGGCGAAGUACAAGAUCUUUAGGGAGCAGAUUGAGAUUCAGAGGAGGUGGAGGAAGGAGAUGGCGGAGGCGGAUAAGGAGUAGAGGGCAGGAUUGCGGAAUGGAGGAACGAGAGCUAGAGGGCCUUGUAAGUACAACCCACAGUCGCAGUGCUAUCCCGGCGGCUAGAUGUAGAUAUAACGGUAUCGAUAGACAACAUAAUGAGAACUUGUAUUGCAAUGGA